CGAAAGGUCCCAUCCGCCGCCGCCCAGUUUGUUAUAAGAAGUAGCGCCGAGCUCGACCUCGCCGCCGCUCUUAGAUCCGAGAAGAAAGAGAAUGGCGUGCAUGCUGGCUGUCUCUGUCACCUUUGGAAGAUCGAUCGAGGUCUUCUCGCCAUGAACAACAAUCCUCAGGGGUUCUCUUUUCCUCCGCCUCCCCCUCCUCCUCCUUCCUCCCAGCAACAGCACCACCAGCCGCACCAGCCGCCACACCAGCAGCACCCGCAUCCGCAACAACAAUACCACCAUGGAUAUAACGCUGCUCCCUAUGCAGCUCAGUACAAUGCGGGCUACCACGGUCAACAACGCGGCGGGCGCGCUCCCGGUGCACACCAUCGAGGUCGUGGGAGAGGAGGCUACGGAAGCCAUCACCGUGGCGGCGGCGGAGGGGGUGGACGUGGCGGCAGCCAUUACAUGGCACCCGAUAUGAAUGCCAACCGGGGAUAUUCUUCUGCCACAGUCGCAGCCACCGGUCCUGGGCCUGUCGGCGGCUACACACCCAUGAAUUACGCGGGAUACACGCCUCAGCCUCUCUCUGCCACUGCGCGAGCAAUUCCGACUCCUCAGUUCGCGCCUACGCGCUCGCCGAAUUUCCAGCAUCGUACUUCAGCUGCACCAUCCUACAACCCGCCCCAACCGUACGUCCCAGCGCCCGUAGCACACGUUCCUACUCCGUAUCAAGCCCAACAGAACUACCCUGUGGCCGCUGCACAACCUGCACCUACAUACUCUCCCGCUGUACCUCCUCACAACCAUGUCACGCCAACGGUUCAACCCCCACUGAUGGGGCCACCUAUGCGCUGGGGAUUUGACAAUUCGGGAUCGACGGGAGGCUUUGCCGGAGGGCAGCGCGGGCACCAACGAGGUGGACGCGCCUUCAACCAUCACAAUGUCCAGCCGGAUAAGCAAACGAACCAUGGCAAUAAACGGGACCAUAACUCAGCUUUUGGGCGCCCACUCCAGGCAAGUGCGCCUCGAGUUGCGGCUCCACCACCGGUUCCUAGUUUUGGGAACCCUCUGCUACCCUCCAAACCACCUCCGCCGGCUGACGCCGCUCGAAAGCCCAAGAAAAAGAAGAGAAAGCAUAACCAACUUGGUUUGACGCCGAAAACGGAAGAGCAUGAGUCUAGUGAAGAGGAAGAUGACGUGGACGAGGAGGCACGGCUGGCUGCGGAAGGAGUAACCGGGGCAGCGAGCGCUUCUGCGCCUCUGCAAUUCACCUACAGGGGACGAACUUCGACGUUACAGUCGCCUGAGGACAUCAAAGCGUGGAUCGAAGAGCGAAAGAAGCGCUUUCCGACCCAAGCGAGAGUCGAAGAGAAGAAGAAAGCCAUGGAGGAGGCUAAGAAGGCCCGAGAGGAGGCGUUGCGGCAGAAGAAGCUGCAGCGGCAAGAGCAGAAACCGCCGCAGAAGGAUUCAAAGAACCAAAAAGGGCGCGAGCAGCAGAGCCAAAAGGACGGGCAGAAGGAUUCCAAUGAUCCUGUGGAUAUUGCUGCGAAGGCCAAGCUCAAAGCGGACAAGCUGCGGCGAAAAUUAAUGAGAGAAGAAAAGCGGGUCGCUAAAGCUGAAGCCGAUGCUGAGAGGGCCCGUAUGAAGGUGGAGGAACUCCAAAAGAGUUCAACAAGCACAUCCACCCAUCAUGCUCAGCCUGUUGCCCACAGAGAAACUGCCCCGGAUUCUUUGAUCAAGCCAGCGGAACCCACUACGCUACCAGCAGGUGGUCCAGCUGUGGAGGAGCUUGUUCCUGCCAAUGACGCAAACGCACAGGUUGCGGGAGUUCAGGUCGACGCCGGAGCCAGCGUGUCGUCCCUAGACGACUCUGAUAGCAGUGACUGGACAUCUUCCAGCGGAUCUGAAUCAUCUUCUGAGGAUUCUGAUGACAGCGACGAUGAUGCUGCACCCGAGGAAGCCACCACCAAACGCGAAGGGCCGGAGCGAGUGCCACCCCCGGCUCGCGAACCGAAGAAGAAGGUAUGCCGGCAUUUCGCGCGUAAUGGCCGUUGUUUGCAUGGGAACCGGUGCAAAUUCUCGCAUGAAAUGCCCGAGCGAGGAGCCAAAACAAAAGCCGCGGAGCAAAAGGGACGAAAGGGACUUCUUCAGGCGCUUCUGGAUCGUCAAAAAACCGAGGAUGAUCGUAAGGUGAUGGAGGCAAUUGUUUGGCUUGGAGAGAACGGCAUGCUCGAUACGCCGAAAGAGCCAGAGGACAGCAACGGCGCGACAUCUCUCGCCGAGGAGGCAAAAGCUGCUCCCGGAAAUGAGGAACGCCAGGAGGGUGAGGAGGUGGCAGUGAUGUCCGCGAGUACGACUCCGAAUACGGCCCCCGGACAGGGGGCCGAUGCCGCUGCUGCUCCCACGACGGCAUAGAUGAAGAUGACUGCAUGACAUAUAGUUAGACGUUAUUUCCAGCGCCAUUGCAGCGGUAAUGCAAUGUACAUACAUCCAUCC